ACCUCGUAUAUCGCUACUCCAGACUACAUUACGUACUCUGUAUUGCAUGCAUGGGGCUACCGAGUGCAUGGCCUUGGAUAGACUCCGACGGUGGCCGAUAACUAACUAACUUACGGAGGGGUUUAGCUUCGUUCUUCCCCUCUAACCCAGCUCGAAUCUUCUCCAUCCCACUCAGUACAUCUCACUCAAUAUUCCUCUUGAUUAUGCACGUCGCCAAUACCGAUAGUACAUACCACGAGUUAUAGGCGGCAUUAUCCCCGAUAUUAAAUCACAUACUUUUAAAGCUCUCCUCUAAUAUCCGGCAACGGCAGCGGCAACCUCCCCACCACCACAUACCGACCCUCAAACUAUACAAAUGCACCACAUUGCUCUUCCACGACUGCUACAUCUCACAUCUGCGCACCCGGCUUGAUUGACUGUUUUGCGAAAUACUCAGCGACGUUGUUUUUUACUCCGUUUCGCUCGAGAAAAAAGCAGACAGUUCUCGCCGUGGUGAGAAGUAUCCGAGAAAGAAAAGAGAGAAGGAAAAUUUCUCCAGUAUGGAGCCCCGCCGCAACCCUCCGGAAUACUUUCUUGAGAUCUUUGCCGAUUCGAAUUCAGUCAAGGAUGUGCUUAAAGGCGUAUUAAACCUCAUCUUUUUCCACCGUUACUUCCCUUCCAUCCGACCCGGCACUGUCGACAUUCUCGACCUCACAUUACCGACUGUGAAUGACGUAGAACUCGAGACAUUGAUCGACUCGCGCGUAAACGCUCUGGUGCGCCAACAUCUCUCGACAUCCUCCAACUCAUAUAGCGCCGGAAAUGGAGUACGAGGACGAAUUGCCGUUGAAUUUUUCGAGAAGAAACGAAAAAAAUCAGGAAUGUGGUUUGGCAGUUUAGCUGGGAAGGGGGAAGAGGAGGUUUGUUGGGAGAUUUGGACUUUGGAUGUGACCAUUGCGACGCCGAGGACGGAAUCAGAACGAGCAAAAGUCCGAAAAGCAAUGGAGAAUAUGCUUCAAAAAGCAGCAUUGAAAAUUCUCACGAAUGUUAAUCGGGAUAAAGAUCAUAUACCACCAAUUACGACAAGCAACUCGAAUCCGUUCCCGUAUCGAAUUGUCCUCAAUCCCCGAACGGACAGUUGGGGGAAUCGUAUUAGUUUGUAUUGAAGUUUGCACUUCUAUUCCUCGUCUACUGGACCAGGGUAUAUGCGAUAAUACGGCAUAAUCCGUUGGCGGAUUAGACGGGUAUUUCAAGGUCCUCUCAUCAACGAAAAUAAUUUACAUCAUUACGAAAGACACGAAGCAUGAUUCAACGACACUCAACUCAAUACUUCAUCCUCGCGAAACAGCAAGCAUUUUCGCUACCGCUGCUGGGAAACUUUCAUACAGUACUUGAAAAAGUCUCAUACAUGAUCAACACGCUCAUGACAGAAUAAAUCACGAAGCAAAAUCCACACAAAUUCAAAAUAAACGGAGCCUGUAAAGUUUGCAGAACUCCGGGUCUCUAUAUCUCUCCACCAUAACAUAAUCAUGACCAUACCAGCUCUCACCAAGAAACAAAGAUGCCGUACUAGGCUUUUCUUGACAUCCGAGUUGCCCACUCCAACGCCGAAAGAGUAGUCCAUUGAAUGAAACAGAAGAUCGAUUCAUUAUGAUUGAUUGUCCGGAUUCCUCGAGUUCAAUGCAGGAAUUUACUGCGUCUUGCUGGCAGCUUCGGCUUGAGCCUUCAAGUUGGAAGAGGUCGAACCGCUAGAGAAGAAACGGGCGAACAAGGGCUGGAUGAAGGAGUGGAAGACGACUUGGGCGCCGCUGUGAAUGUAUUAGAAUUAAGAUAUCUUAUGACUUGCUCAGGGAGGCAGUUUACUCACUUGAAUUGAGGAAGGGACAUCCAGAGAACAAGGACGAACUUGAAGAUGUAGUAGAAAGCUGGUCAAAGAUCAGUAUACAAGUAAUCCAUCCUCUUUUGAAGCAGUAUCACUUACGGAACCAGUAAGAGGCAUUGAUAGCACUUUCAAUAACAGUCAAGAAAGCGUACACAACCCAGUACUAUUCGUAUUAUUAGUAAAUAUCCGCCAACUCUACUCAGCACGUCAACUUACAGUCAACCACUAGAAAUCAAAUUAGCACAUCUCCUUAAUCGCUAAAAAAUAUCUAUGACUACUUACCUGAGUAUCAUCAGCGGUACCAGCUGUAAACAAAGCAUUCAACGAGUAAUAACCCGGAAUCAAGAAACCGGCAAAAUUGACCAGAAAUUCACCAGCAAUGUUGAAGAAGACAAGGAAGAAGUAGAUUCCGACAACGCCGAGGAUGGCGUAUACCUUUGGCACGGAGGUUUGUCGUUCGAGAUUGUUGAGGAGAGGGUAUUUGGAGAGCUAAUUUUUUUUUUCAUAUUUGAGGUUAGAAAUCGAAUUACCAAUUUCUCUC